GUCCCUUGAACCGUCAACCAUCGCCGCUACCUGCGCUCCGUUUCAUGCGCGCGCCGAAGAUGGCCUUCUCUGAGCCUCCUCAGCCCGACACUGGCUAUCGCCUAGUCGCGAUGGCUAUAAAUACUGCUUUCCCGUUCCAUGUUUCCUGAUUCUCUCAUCAGCUCUGACGGAACUUCGGAUUCCACAAUCUCCCUCUGGAUUCUAUUACCUUCCAUCUUUCUUCGCCUUGCAUCCUUGCAUCCCUGCUCCUCAAGCCUCUAUCUCACCUCGAUCUUCGUUUAGCAAGGACUUUGAUAAUGUCUCGGAAAAAGUCCCGCUCUGCCUCUCAAAUCAGCACCAGUGAAACGUCGAGCACAUCUGCUGUCACCGAAGACAAUUCACCUUACGUUUCCGAAACGGACACCGAACUUGCGGAUCUAGAACGUCCUUCGUCAAGGUAUCGAAAAGCCACACGUGGAAAGACUAGCAUCAAUGCCAGUGUCGAAGCAGGUCCUGCAAAUUGUCCUCCGCCAUCCGCCAAGGAUGUGUGCGUGUUGACUGUGGAACAGCUGCACCGUGCUCGCUACGAAGACCCGGCUGACGAUACCGAUGAGGAUCUUGCUAAUGUACCGGAGGAUUAUGGAAAGUCUUCUAAUACCAAGGUUCAGAAACUUCGGCUGAAGAACCGUUGGGCGCGAUACUGUCGGGUGAAUGCAAUCAAACCGUCGGCCGAUCCGAAGUGGGAGGAUGCAGAAGAAGCCUUACAGCAGGCAACACCGAAUGAUAUGCAUCUGUUUCUCAAUUUUUGUCUCAAGUUGAAGUACAAUUCCAACGGUCGCCGUCUCAAGGGUUACAAAAAGGCGAGCGCUAUUCAAGCGGACUGGAAGUACUUCCGGGUCUACUACACACGAGUCACCAAACAUGAGAUGAGCGAGGAGAUGGGUGAGGCUGUUCGCACGGGUCUGAAACACUUGAUCGAUAAACACGGACUUGAUAAACAGCCACGGGAGAAUGUUCCAGUCUAUAUUGAAGAUAUGGUUCCCUUGAACGAAACCAUUCUCCAGACCCGCGAAAAGCGAUUUCACCUAGGGUUCCAGAGGAUAAGUCUAUGCCUUUACAAUGUCAUAGGACUGUUUACCGUCAACCGGAAACAUGCAGUCCUAAGCCUGCAGUUCAAGCACCUCCAGAUCACUCUUCAGCGAGAUCCACACGGAGGUCCUCCUGUGCCAAUGAUCGAACUCAAACCUGAAAUUGUAAAGAACCUUGGGAUGGCAAAACUUAACACAUUUGCUUUACCUGAAAUUGUAUACGGUGUAUCGCUUGUUUUCAGUCCACACGUUUUGCUUUUCAGCAUCUUGUUUUAUGCCCGUGCUUUUGCGGCGCCAGAAUUGAAGUCAAUGGAUGACCUUCGGAGGCUUCUGGUUGAGGAUGACCGACAGGAAAUGCCACUUCCUCUGAAGCCCGAAAUGGACAACUACUAUGUCUUCCCAAGAGUUGACUUGGUCAACGGUCAGCCUAACAUUCUCUGGGAGACUCCGCUGAACGGCAACACGCUGCACGGCCAGCUUCGGAGUCUGAGUGAGAUCCAUGGGUUUCUCAAUCCGUUCUUCUCCCAUCAGUUUCGGUAUGGAGGCGGGCAGCUACUUGACGAAAGCGGAUUCGUCAGUGAGGCUCAACGCAAUGUGAUCAUGUUGCACGCGAGUAGUAAAACCUUUGUCAAACACUACCGUCCGCGCAGACAUGCUGGAUUGCAAGAAAUCAUGUGUGGCCUAAAUCCUGACGUGGAGUUUACCCGAGCGGUGACACGGAUGAGUCGCUGGAUCGACAAGCGCCGCCCUCGAUACCUUAGCGAGUCAGAUCGGGCAUUGGUAGAGAAGGAUCCGGUGCUCCAGGCAGCUGUCCGAUGGCAGGCUGAUUUGGAAACUCAGCGCAAUCGCUCUGACGAUUCGGCGUUGGACGCACUGCUGGAGGACCAGAAGCGGAAAGUCAAGAAUCUGCGCCGGAGUCUGCAGGAAAAACAACGAAAGCAACUACGCCGAGAUUUCAGCCAGAAACAGGCAGUGAUCGAUAUUAAAAGGCAGCUUAGUGGUGGUGCAGUGAAUGACGAACCCGCGCGCGAGAUCUUACGGCAGGAGUUCGCUAUGCCCCCGGAACAAAUCCUACUCAUUGAGACCUUCUUCACGUGGCCUACUUCGGAUUCACUAGAGGACGAGUGGAUGAGGCGUAAUCAAGCCGUUGCAGCUGCAAUCCAGUAUUGUGGGUUUCCUGAGGGUGGCCCACUUCGGGGAAGGCCAAAGCGCCCUGCACCGGCUGAGGAUGAGGAGUGCAUUGCUCGACCACCGGCUCGCAAACAGAAGUCCGGGGUUCGUCCGAGUAUAUCAGCCUGGGAAGAGCAAUCCGCCGCCCUGGAUGAACAAAUAAAGGAAGAUUUGAAGCCUCGGGUGUGUUUCCAGUGCCGCAAAAAAUACUCCGACCACUACGGCCUGAGGAGACACUUCAAGAUGUCUCAUUUGCAGGACCGCAAAUGCAACUUCUGUGAUGAUAUAGAAUUUCAGCAUAUGAUGCACUUACAAAGACAUGCAGAAGAUGUACACCGGCUUCGUACAUAAGAUGCCUGUCUCUUUCUGCAAAAAUUGAGCUAAUAUUGGAUAAUGCAUUUUUCCACCACUCUGAGAGAGUCAAGCAGAUGUGCUCUGAAGCCGGGAUAAAAUUACUGUUCGUCCCGUCAUACUUAUUGAGGAAUUCUUUCCCAUCUGAGGCUUAUAUUAAGCGAAGUUGGGAAUACUACGAAACUUCGCCUGAUCAGGGCUUCGAUGCUAUCCUGCAAGCAUGAGUCAAUACUGUUGAUACGAAAAGACGCAGCGCUAAGGUCACUUUCGACAUUCUGGUAUAACCAUUGAGGAAUAUGAAGACGACAACUAGGAAGGACUGUUAUCUUUUUUUGUGGGAUUCCUUGAUACAAGAGACAAAAGACUUUCGCG